CAUAUAUAUUUUGCACCGUAUAGACUCAUUCCACGCCUUGGAUUUGAAGUAAUUAUUUGUCACUUCAUUGACUUGAGAUUCCCAUUACCCCAAUACCACAUGUUUCGCUGUGCUUUCCGGCCCGUCCCGCCCUUCCCUCGCACCAGCGUCGGUCCUACAGCGCGGUAUUUUCAUCGGGUCACGACAGAUUUCGUUGCCCAUGACGUGAGAGGAAAUCUGGUUACCAGGAAGGUGUCUGUUAUCGUUGGCGACCCCGGAGAAACAUAUGUCUUAAUUGAGCCAGGGGUUAGUAGUGCCCUCCGUGCUGCCAGUCCCUUUGCAUCAGCUUCUGCAGCUCGCGCUGAAGAUAGAUGCAAACUUACAUUUUUUCACGAUUCACAACAUUUUGGACAUGAAUCGUCGUGUUAUCCCCGCCUUUAUGUCCCAUGCCAGAUCCCUCGCCAAACAGAGUCAAAUACAAGCCCUGCAACUUUAUUCUUAAGCGGAAAGAUGCACGAGUUAGUCCUAGAUGGAACUCUUGAUGGUACAACCCAGUCACAAAUCCGUCCCGUCGCACGGAUGCUGAUUCAUGAUAUCUAUUUAGCAAAUUUUGCUGAGAAGGCAAACGCUACUGGCCAGAACCUAGCUAGCGUACUUCACCAGCUGAAGGACAUGUGA